AUGUCUACCGGUGCCACUGCCUGCCACGUACCCAGUCAGAAUGAGAAGUAUCAGGCUUAUGUCACAUCAGAGCUUAACGGCAUUGAGAGAGAUCUGAAGGACUUCGAGCUGUACAAGUGGGUGGUCAAACAGCUGGGGCUGAGGCUGAUCAGGUUCAACUACAUGGCCUUGAAAGAUCCAUCUAAGACGGUGAACGCUGUAGCUGUUGAUGGUGAUAAAGUGAAGUGGAUGCUACAGCAGAGGCUUUGGCGGCAUCGCUAUAGACCUCGCAAUGUGAAGCAUCCGCAGACGGGGAAGUUGGUGAGGUACACUCGUCAUCUCGUGAAGCCGCCACCGGCCAACUUUGGGAAGCCUGUGCCGGUAAGGCAGCAGAUCAGCAAGCGUUGGCCCUAUGGGGUAACUCCAGAGAGGGUCAGUGGGACUUAUACGGUGUACAACCCUACAGCGCCGGGCAGAGGCUUCGGUCAGCCAUCUACUUCUGGGAGAUGGACCGGUCGAGAGCGUCGGUGA